UGGUUUCCAUCAGUAUGUUGCUCUUUCUGUUUCUCAUCUUUCUUUUUCUUCUGGUUAUUUCAGUCUAUUUGUUUCUCAGUGCAAGUGCAAACCCUUUUGCUGCUGAUGUCAGAAAACCUCCUCAACAUUUGGUACUGAACAGAGGUGCCAGGAACAAAAUCCUCAAGCAAGGUUUUUCCACAGGCAAAGUGCCCAACCACCUUGAUGCCAUUGUAAUUGGCAGUGGGAUUGGUGGACUGACAGUGGCUGCAGUUCUGGCCAAAGCAGGCAAGCGUGUUCUAGUGUUGGAACAACAUGACCAGGCUGGAGGCUGCUGUCAUACUUUCAGUGAAAAGGGAUUUGAGUUUGAUGUUGGUAUUCAUUAUGUGGGGCAGAUGCAUGAAUGUGGACUCCUGAGAGUAAUUAUAGACCAAAUCACCGAUGGACAACUGGAAUGGAUUCAAAUGGACAAUCAAUACGAUACAAUUAUCCUGGGUAAAAAUGAGAACCUUCGUAAAUAUGAACUCCGCAGAGGGAAACAAGAGUUUAUUGAUGCUUUAAAGAGGCAGUUUCCUCAUGAGGAAAAGGCAAUAGACAAAUUUAUGAAGCUUGUAAAGCAAGUUUCAAAACAAGUACCUCUGAUUGCUGUACUAAAGAUGAUCCCCUUCCCAUUAGCCAAAUUCCUUGUCAGGACAGGCAUGGUCCAUUGGAUUUCUACAAUAUUCAAGGUUGCAAGCACAAGCCUUACAAAGGUGGUUAAUGAACUAACAGAGAACCAGGAUCUCCGAGCAGUCUUUUGUUACAUAUUUACUGGUGUUGCUCCCAAAGACACCAGCUUUGUUAUGAAUGCACUACUGAUACAUCAUUAUAAGCGUGGAGCAUGGUAUCCAAAAGGAGGAGCCAGCGAGAUCGCCUUCCAUAUCAUCCCAGUCAUACAGAGGGCAGGUGGUGCUGUUCUCGUGCGUGCUCCUGUUCAACGGAUAUUGAUAAACAAAGAUGGGGAAGCUAUUGGAGUAGCUGUAACUAAAGGACAAGAAGAAGAAUGUAUAUAUGCCCCUUCAGUGAUCUCUGAUGCUGGAAUAUUCAACACUUAUGAACAUCUUCUACCAAAAGAAAUUCAAGCAAAACCCGCCAUUCGAUCCCAGCUUGAUAUGGUCCAGCAUAGCAUGGGAUCAUUCCUUGUCUUUGUUGGUCUCAAAGGCACAACAGAAGAUUUAGGACUGAAGGCCUCCAACUAUUGGAUUUAUCGGCACAACAAUCUGGAUGAGCUAAUGAACUACACCCUUUCUGCAACCAGAGAGGAAUUUACAGAAGAAAUUCCAAUGUUAUUUGUUACCUUCCCAUCAGCCAAGGAUUUCACCUGGAAAGAGCGCUACCCAGGAAAUUCCUGCAUGACUAUUCUGACCAUGGCCCGUUAUGAGUGGUUUGAGGAAUGGAAGGACACAAAAGUAAAGAACAGAGGAGAAAAUUAUGAGAAUUUGAAGAUGGCUAUUGCUAGAGAGCUAAUAAACUGGGCCUCAGAUAUAUUCCCUCAGGUCAAAGAUAAGAUUGAGUACAUCGAAGUUGCAACCCCACUCACUAACCAAUAUUACCUUGCUGCUCCUCGUGGAGAGAUGUAUGGCACAGACCAGAAUCUUACUCGGUUUACUCCCGAAGUUGUUGCCACCCUCAGAGCAAAAACUCCUGUGAAAAACCUCUACCUAACAGGCCAGGAUGUUUUCUCCAGUGGAUUAGCUGGAGCCAUGCAUGGAGGCCUCAUCUGCGCCUCUGCCAUUUUAGGUCGAAUUCUGUAUGUGGACCUUCUCUUCCUUAAAAGACGACUUAAGAAAAAUCAACUUUAAAAAAUGCUGUGAAACUUUGACUAUUGGGCUGAACAAGUGUUCUUUCUCUGCAUGUUAUUGUGGCACAUUACGUUGUAAAGUAAUUGCUGAUUAUCCUCAAACUACUUGACUUGCUGUUGACAGUAUAAAAGUCUAUUCAUUGCCAUUCCUUUUUCUACCAGUGUCCCUCAUUAAGCGUAGCACGUUUUGAAAAACCAGACAGAGGAGCGUGAGCUGUCAAGGCACUAGGCUCUAAAGUAAUGUUAAAAUUCAAGCUGAAAGCAAUUCUGAGUGUUGCAGUUUAAAGAAUAGUCUCCACACAGCAGAGUGAAAUCAGCAGGAUAUCCUGUCUCAGUUGGUUAGUUGUUGAUUCUGAUUAGAAUUCCAUCCAAUCCCACAGGGGCACAAUUUUCCCACUUUAAUUUGAGGAUGAGUGGUUUUAGCAGCAUCAAGCACCACUGCUACCUCCAAGAAAACUUGGUCAAUCCACUGUAACUCAUUUAAGAGCUGACAGGCAUCAUGGGUGUGUUUCUUCAUAAGUCAAAAGUUUAACACUGGUGUCACAUUGAGUGCUUUCUGUACUCCUUGCAGGAUGGGGUUUGUGGAGAGAGGAAGGGUCAGAGGCGAGAACAAAGAGAUGGGUUUCGGAGGCCAUCCCCCCUUGCCCCUCCCCACGCCCCAUCCCAAUAUGUAUCUCUGAUUGUCCCCAAAUCUGGUGGACAAGGCGCCAUGGUUCCCUAGUCAGGAAACCCCAUCACCCCUUUUCCCUACCGGUGAACCAAGUAAUUAGGGAGAGGGUGAGUUGAAGCCCUUAAGUGGCCAUUAAUUGACAUCUUAAGGGUCUCAACUGGGGCUUGAUUGAUAAGGCUGCCAAUGGAUUUUCUGACUUAAUUGAAGUGACAAGGUGUGGGGUAGAGGUGGGUUUCUUUCAAGGGCCAAUUCACCCAAUUAAUUCCCCUUUUAGUCACCUCACUCAAUGCUUCAGGGGAGGGUAUUAUUGUGCCCAUAGCUGUUUCUCCUUUUGACAUAGAUUCAUUAAUACUCUCUCCUGCUUGAGGAGAAAAAACAGGAGAACGAAUGCAAAGCUUGCCAUGGAGCUGUAGUAUCUUGCUUUAGCCAUUCCUGGUUGCUUUGACAGAAAAACAAACAUUUCAAUGGUUAAUCACUUUUGCUCAGUUUUGGGGUUAGAUUGGAUCUGAUCAAUCAGAAUAUCCUAACUGGAUUCUGUGCCUGUGUUUUCCUUUUGAGAGAACUAAUCAUGACCUUCCCACUUGAUGGGCUGUGUGAAAAUUUCAAGCAAGCUUCUGGCAUCUUCUGUUUUAUUUUUAACUGGUCUGAGUAGAAAGCUGAUCAAAAGAGAUAGUGGGAGGAUCUAUGGUAGAUAAUAUUGAGAUUGCUUGCAUCUUUAUUUGAAUAUCAAUCAGAAUGGUGGAAAUAAGUGAUUAAAAAGCAUUCUGCUGAGUUAGUGAUUCAACAGCUGGCAAGGCAUUAAUCUCAUGGCCUUGCUAUUCAUUAGAAAAGAAUGAGACCUCUGAAACAUGAAAGAAACUGCACCCCUUCAGGCACCCGCUGUGGAAAACUCUACAACCACACUCUGAACGGCUGGAGUGCAUAUUUGCUGGAAGUCGUGUCAAUUUGAAGCCUCGACUAGAAAUGACAUCAUUAACUUUGUGCUUAUUUUGCUGCUGUGCUUUAUGCUCCAAUCCCUUUGCAUUCCAGGUGGCUUCAAUCUACUUGUUACAAUCAAUGUGCAGAGGGACUGAAUGGCUCUCAGCUUUUCCCUCUUUUUGUUUGACUGCUUUCUGAAAUGGAUACACUUGCCAAAUCAUUGAUUGUUUAACUGUUUGUGUUGCAAUUAUUAAUCAGGUUUUCUAAAACUUUCUUUUCAAGAAAAGAGGCUAUGUUUUGCAGUACCUAAACUUGAAUUAAGUAAAUAAAUUUUUAAACUGACACUCCAACGUUCAUACCCUCUCUCAAAAUUCAUACUAACACAAAGUGACUACAGUGCGGGAGAAUCCAUCAGGCAAUUGAAAGUUCAGUAACAUUAAAGGGACAUCUGUAUAUUAAAGGUAACA